UAGUGUUCGCUUGAAAAUGUUGGCGUUCGCACAGUAACGGUGCCUCGGGUUUUGCUUUUUUAUUUGUGCACUUUUUAUUUUUAUUCUUUUUUUCCGUUCCUUGUUUUUUUUCGGAAGAGCUAUCGAACUUUAAUCGAUUUAUAAUUAGUAUUAAACGGUAACGAUUUAUCGUGCAACUACAUUUUUCCGCAAUGUUUUGACUGUCGGUUUUUUUUUGCCUCGAGUAAUCAAUCCUUGUUAUCGCCACAUUUCGAUUUUUUUUGUGGAGGACAACGAAAGUUUCGUCGAAACCUGCUACCGGACCUUGUCAUGUAGAAUACCACUUUUUAGUGCUAGUGUACGUGUGUUUGUGCCCUCAAAGUGUUCCAGCUCGAAAAGUGAAGUUUCCGUAAUCAAUCCAAUCAGUAAUAGUGAAAACAGUGUAGCCUAGCAACAAUCCGAAAUCAACAUGUCUACCCAAGAAUUACAUGGUCGAAGUUCGAAACUGCUACAACGGUAUCAAUCGAAAGCUGUCUCACAAGACCCGUUACAGCAACCAAUGGACACUUCCCCGAUUAUCAAAUCCACCAGCCAACGGAGCUUACAAAAUUCAACCCUGCUGCAGAAGCAUUACUCGAAACCGAAUGUCCAACAGAUGCAAAGCGAACCCCGAAGUAAUACCCAGGACCCUGAAAAGAUAUCCGGCAGUCAACGUAAUUUAGAACGAUCGAAGCUACUGCAACGAUACAGCAAACAGCACUCGUUAGAUUCCCAAGAUGUAUCCCAGCAUGAGCCACAGCACUACAGUAGUCAAAAGAGUUUGGAAGGGUCGAAACUACUACAACGAUACAAUCGCAGCAACAACUCACAAGAAUUCUCUGGUCUCUCUGUUCGAGAAGGCACACCAGUAACGCGAUUCGCACGCAGUGGUAGUCUAGAUCAGGAUAGAUUAGUACGUCCGUCUUUGUUAUCGCGAUACACACCAAAAUUUGGUCAAUCUCUUGAUCGAAAGAAUACAUUUGAUACAGGUGGUUUUAGUAAUUAUAGCAGCCAGCAUAGUCUCGAUCAACGGGACCCGACAGGUAGUAUGUCACAAGCACAAACAUUCGGCGACUACAGCAGUGAUCACUUCGACCAGUACGACUCACGAAACCUACGCAGUCGAUCAUCAAGUAUGGCUCGAGGUUUAGCUCGAAGAAGCGCUUCGAGAGAACUAAUGCAAUCGGACAAUCGCAAUAUACCACUGGAUCCGGUAACUCCAGAAACGUUACCUAUGGUGACAGCCUCGGAACCAGUUAUGGGGAAUAUUGCCUCAGCACUUCCCAUACCUAUGCUCAACAUAGUUCCAGAAACAUUGCCUACAGUGGCCACCUCGGAACCAGUAAAAUCGAAUAUUGCCUCAGCACUACCCAUACCAGUCAUAGGAAAUAUUGCUUCAGCACUCCCCAUACCUACACUGAGCAUAGUACCCCCUACACCAGCUGUAGAUCUUAGCCAACCCACGAUGAAACCAUUUGCCGAUACUCACCAAACUAUAUCGAUUCAACCGGCUAUCAAUAGCACCGAACCAGUGAAACCAAAUCGCAAAGAACCUGCGAAACCACCCAGAAAAGACCUGUCAGCGUCCGCAAUCGUGAGUAUUCCCAUUCCUACCAUCACCACUACCAUCAAUGUCGACCCGCCGAAAUCCAUUAUCAAGCAAGAAAUACCCGUCGUUCAAAGUGUUACAUCCUCAUCAUUGUUCAACAAAGUGGAACAGCCGAAGCCAAUCAUUAAGCAGGCAGCACCAGUCGUUCCAAUUGUUCCAUCCCCACCUUUGUUCAGCAACAGGGAUCGCAUGGAACAUUACGGAAGCGCUUCCAAUCCAUCACCUUCAUCUGCAUCACCUCAACAACCAUUGAGACCCAUGUCGACCAAACUGCAACUCCCAGUCAGCGAUCUCAGUGGUCGCCGAAGCAUGACCGACCUUCGCCAGAGCAAUCUGGAACAGUCCUCAUCGCUAGCCAUGGAAAUCGAUGAAUCUAGCGAACGAAACGAAAUGCGAAACUUUUCUCAACAAAAGGCUCCCGUUGCGAGAACGCUCGCUUCCGCAUUCGAGCAAAUUGCUGUCCUCUCUGUACCCCAUGCAGCAGAGGCGCUGGACGAUGUGGAGGAUAAGAUUGAAUUGCUUCCUGUGGAUCGUAAACUGAAAAAGCGAGAUCAUACUUAUCAUCCUUCGUUCGUUCCCAAGCAAUCGAAGCUAGCUGAGGAUGAAAAUAGAAAAGAGAAGGAAAAACAGGAAAAGAAGAAAGAGCACGAUCGUAAGUUAGAAGAGGAACGCGCAAAAAAAGAAAAGCAAAAAAAGAUGAAAGAUGAGGAGCACUACAGAAAGGAGGAGGAAAAGAAAAGGAAGGAAGAAGAUAAAAGACAGAAAGCUGACGAAGAAAAAAGAAGAAGAGAAGCGGAGAAAUUAGCCAAAGAAGAUGAAAAAAGAAUGAAAAUAGACGAGGAGAAGACUAGAAAAGAGGAACAGUCAGUCAUGGAAGCCGCGAAACAGAAAAAAGCUAGCGAUGAAAAAAGAAAGAGAGAGGAGGAAAAAGUUGCCAAAGAACACGAGAAAAAAAUGAAAACAGAAGAGCUUAAAAUAAGAAAAGAAGAGGAAAAAAUUGCCAAAGAAGAAGAGAAACGUUUGAAGGAUGAGGAAAAAAGAAAAAGAGACGAGGAAAAAAAGAAACUCAAAGAAGAAAAGAAAAAGGGUGUUCUAAAAAAGUCCUUGUCCGCAGAUCAACCGCCUGAGAUUGAAGGUGAAGAUGAAAUAGUUGACUUUGGUAGUCAUUUGGAACAGUACAGCAUAUCGGGACCAGAAAAACCACGAGGUACUUUAGUAAGCAGUCCACGAUCAGGCGAGAUACUUGGGAGUAGUCAAGUCUCCAAGGGUCGUAACACCUUACCGUUAGUCUCUAAGCCAAUGCACAGCAGUCAAUUAAGUCUUGAUAGAGCUACUGGAGUUCAAUCGAAAAUGCUACAACGGUACGCCAAAAGAAGUGGUUCGCAAGAUUACACCCAUUCUAUCACAAGUGAAGAAACUCAACAAUUCUUCCAGAAGGUGCAUCAAAGCCAAAGCAGUUUGGACCACCAACGAGCAUCAAGAUCAACGCUGCUUCAAAAGUAUACUCCCCAGCCGUUGAGUGCAUCGAGCGCAGUUAAUCAAACCCCGAGUCCGGUGCCAACAACGCAAACCUCAAGCCAAUUAAGUUUGGAUAAAACUCGCCUAGAAAAGUCAUCCCUGUUACAACGAUAUAAACUUCGAAGUGAACCCACCGGCACUGCUCAGCCGACCAACGGAGAUGUGUCACUUCAGCAUGAUAAGGAGCAACGGCUGUCGGCAGUUCUGUUCCAGCAGAAAAAGCGACCGGAGAAAUAUGGUGCAUUCGAUUAUCGCGACCACGAAUAUGAACCAAUCGGCGAGGCAGUCGACAGCACAUCCGAAGCUAAGCCAUCGUCAGUCACGGCCAACUUGGCUUUGCCUAGCACAGACAUCAAAAGAAAACUGUCCAGCGCUUCGCUGCGCGUUCCUGAAGAUGACGCGGAUACCAUCAGUAUGGAGGAGCUCCAAAGAGAUAUUGAAGAUCGCUAUUUCAAUCGUGAGGCAGAAGACGAACAAGGAGAUGAUACAAUCGAAGCUUCAGAACCAAAGGAAGACGCACAGGAGAAGGUCAGCAAAAUGAAGACUGCUAUGGCGCGAGCUCAAGAGAGUGGUAAAAAAGCGAUUGCUAGAGCCCAGGAAAGUAGUAAAAAUGCAAUGGUUAAAGCACAGGUUGGUGGUAAAAAUUUGCAUCAAAAGCUUCGGAAGCAAACUGAUAAGUUCAGAACCAAAAUGUCUAACAUUAACGUUAAGAAAGAAAAAGAUUCAGCCCCGUUAGCUUCUCCGGAAAUUGUUACUACACCAGGGAUUGAAAAAUUAGACUUCACAAUCGCAGAACCAAAAUCUGACAACGAAGCAGAGGAAAGUGAACAUCGCACAGAGUCGGCCAAUCGAGAACCAGAAGCUGAUGAGCCUACUGUAGAAACCGUAACCGGUCGGCAAAAGUUUAAGGCCUUGAAAAACAUUCAUAUGCCAAAAAUACAGAAACCAGAUUUUAAGCGCCCCGAAUUCUCCAAGAUAACGAAACCAAAACUACCUAAACUUAAAUCCUUGAAACGUCCUGAAAUGCCAAAAUUCUUAACGGAAAAACCCGACUUUUCGAAAUUAAAAAUGCCGGAAAAGAUCGGGACCAUCAAAUUGCAACGAAGCAAAUCAAUGAAAGAGCAAACAUCCGACGAACCAAGUACAGCUCAUCCAUCCGAGAUUGAAGUACCAUCCGCUCCAGAUACUAAGUCCAAUAAGAAGAAGAAGACAACUUACACCAAUUUUAGCACAUAUCCAAGAUUUUUGGACAAGUUCAAACGUCAGAAAUCGGCCCCAGGAAAUGCAAGUAUCCGCGCGUCAACACCUCCGCCACUUGAAUUCACCAAGGUAGGCAAAACAUCACGUACAAAAGAACCCACUUUUCUCUCGCGCUGGGCAGAUAAAUCUUCUGAAGGCGCAGGAAGUAGCAGCUUCUUCUCAGGCAGUGAAUUGGGUGAACGUGAAGCAUCGGUUGAAAAACAUAUGCGACAAAGAUUAGAGGGGUUGGACAUAGAUGCGCCAGAGCUCGCCGUUACGGCUGAACAGAAACAGCUCGAGGAAUAUGACAAAGAGAAUCGCGAGAUCCAUCUGCUUUCAGCUGCACGGCACGACGAAUUCCUCAAACGGAAACCUCCGAUGGAACGACAAGAGUCCGAUCUGGCGUCAGAGGAAGAGAAGCAGUUCUGGGCCAGUUCACUUGGUCAAAAGAUCAGGCAGAAUAUUGACAUGAACAGCAAUGAUUUUGAUUUUCUCGAUGAAGAAGAUCGUUUACGACGUGAGAACGAAGCAACGGGGUUUAGCGAAAGUGUUAGGAAUAGAUUCUUGGAUGAUUCGAUAGAACACUCGGAAAAAGACUACGAUAUGCGUUCUACAACUCCCUAUUCCAACAAGGAGUGUCAAUCUUCAGGAAGCUCAGGCAUUCGUCGACGUAAAGGGGUAUUGGAGGAAAUCGACGAUGACGAAUUUUUCCUGCGUCAAAAAGGAAUAUCUAAGGACAAUAUCCAAAUGGGCGAAUACAUCAGUUCGGCGAUAAAGGAAGGACUGAGUACACCAAAAAAUGCAUUGGCAGAAAUGGGCCGGUAUGAACCGUACGACGAUGAAGACAUCGACACCAGCGAAAGAGUUAGUAUCGACUAUCGGGGAGAACGUGGUCCUGGUGGGCUUCGUUACUACCAGCCAAGCUUUGAAUCAGACGACCUUUCUACUAAGCAAAGUUUCACUGAUGAGUUCCGUAGGGAUGCUGACUUCUACAAGACAUUCCCUCCAGAUCGUCCUAUAAGAAAACACAAAAAGGCAUUUAACGUGGAAUCGUACGAAGACGAUAACCAAAAGGUCCCAUACGAUACUUAUCAAGAGGAAGAAGGCGAGGUCGAAUUCUACGAUCGUGGACGUAAGUAUGCUAGCGCACAACCAGAGAUUCAUCCGAAAAAAGACGAACAUUAUAUUGACGAUGAAAGCGUUGACACUGGAUUUUCUCGUACUGGAGCGGUUGUGCCGCCUACUCCUCCAAGACGCCGAAAGAAGCGCUUCCGUGAUGUCGCAUCAUCUGAAUUAGAACCAUUCGCGAAUGGUUUGACUAAAAAGACCAUUUACAAUAGCUUUACCAUUGGACCCGAAACGCACCUUUAUCCUGCUGAAGUUCCAUUAGCUGAGGAGGAAAGUUUUACCACUCCUUUACCAACUCCUAGAAGAUCUCGGUCACGAUCACAGCUAUCUCAAUAUUCCGAAGACGAUCGAGCAUUCAGAGCGGCAGCAGCCUACGUUUUUGGACCCGAAGAUGGUGCAUGGGAUAAGCGUAACGUUGGGCUGUCGGAAUCUAACGGUUAUGCAACAGUUAGGAAAGAGCCCCCUCCACGCCCACCAGCACCGAUUCGUCGUAGGAAAUCAACUCGCUCACUUGAAGUUGAACGACAAUUCAGCACCUUACCGAACUACCAUUCGGUAUCACCCAUGCGUCCUACUCGUAACUACAGCACAAUCAGUCCAAACCGGCCACCUAGAAAUAAAUCGGUUUCUAGCCUCAACGAGAAUCAAAUGAAACCAUCGCGCCUGAGCAAGGAUGAUAUAACACAGUACGAAGCAAUAGAAGACGUCGAAAACCAGUCGAAACUUCAUCAUACUCUCCAAUCUGGUACAAUCGUUAGCAAAAUGAAGGAUCGACCACUUCCACCUCCACCACGACCACCUAGGGAUGGUAGGAAACCUCGUAAACCAGAGCAGGAUGAUAGAUUUGACUUCGACCGUGGAACGGAACGCAUUAUUACACUGGAUCAAAGUGACCCAAGGGUAGUGGAGGAGGUUGAAACAGCAGUUCAAACGGACCUUGCAUAUGACGAAUAUGAAUUAGACAUUGAGGUAUCCGAAACCUUUGGUGCCACUGGAGGAGAAGCUCCAGAAAAGCCCGCAAAAACACUGAAGGAGAUUUUGAAGGAGGAGCAACUAGCGGAGCUAGAUCGUGCUCGACAAUUGGCUGAAGCUAGUAAUUUAAUGAGAGAUAUUCAAAAAUUCAGAGAUUCCACUUCUUCGCUGUCUCUACAUGGUAGUAGGCCAGAAACGCCUGCUGUGAUUGUACUCGAACGCCGAGUAUCAGCACCUUAUACAUCUAGCAUACGGAGUCAAGAAAUUUCAACCGAUAGCGCAAAUAAUCGACCGUUGAGCUCCGAUAACCUAAAUGAGCAAGACCUUGCUGAUGAUGAUAAAUACAUAGCAGAAUUAGUGAAAAAAUAUGUAUCGGAUGAAAAGGUUGCUGAAAGCUCCAAGAAACCGCAGAGAAGGGCUACUGAAUCUGAAGACUUAGGUUUCGCUAGAUUAGAAGGACGUGUUCGGGAACAAAUGGAGAGAGAGGAGAUGCGAUCAAUCCAAUCUGAGCCCGCUGUUCCACCACGCCGUAGAUCUUUAAUUGCUUCGAAUCAAGAUCUCCAGCGAAGUGUCGAGCUUUCGUCUGACGUGAUAGAAGAAAUUGUAGAACGACUAAGAACUAAUGAGCAACAGCAUAUUGCCGAGCUGCAUCAAAUACAUAUGCAGCAGCUAGAGGAUCUGAGGAAACAACAAGAAGAGCAAAAGCAACUUCAAGAACAAAAGCUUGAGGAACAACAAAAGCAAUUGCUAGAACAACAAAACCAGCAACUACAUGAAACUCAGCAGCUUAAGGAACAAAUCCUACAACAGCAGGAACAACAAAAAGCUUUACUCCAACAACAACAGCAGCAGCAACAACAAUUACUACUGGCUCAACAGCAACAGCAAAUUCUUCUGCAACAGCAAGAGAAGGAGCGAGAGUUGCAGCGAGAAAAGGAACGUGAGCUUCUGCGAGAACGUGAGAUUGAGCUGGAGAAAGCACGCGAAAGAGAACGAGAGUUACAUCAUGCUAGAGAAUUAGAGCUACAGCGGGCUCGCGACUUGGAACAGCAACGGUCAAAAGAACUAGAGCAACAACGACUACGCGAACUAGAGCUGCAACGAACCAUGGAACUAGAGCAUCAAAGGUUGAGGGAGUUAGAGCUACAGAGAAUUCAGGAAACUGAAAUACAAAGAGCACGAGAAGCCGCCAGGGAUGCUGAAUUACAACGGGCAAGGGAUGCAGAAAUACAAAGAAUUCGUGAAGCUGAAAUGCAAAGAUUGAGGGAAGUUGAAAUGCUGAGAGUCAGAGAAAGUUCUGGCGCUGUGGGCAGUACGGAAUGGUCUAUUGAACAGGAAGCAAAUGAAUCUGCACAUGGAACUAAAAAAGCUACCCAUGAGGCUGUUACUGUUGAACCAGAAGCAACUAAAGAAGUAAUUCCCACCCGCCCGCCUUUGCCUCGAAUAAGCCCACAAAUCCCAGUGCCACCACCGUUUGCAUACCAAGAAUACAUGCAGCAUCCGCAAUCCUUCUACCCAACCAGAAACUAUUCUGAUGAAGAAGGUGCUAUCCCACAAGCUCCACAUCGACGGCGUAAACACCACCGUUCCAGAAGAGAAUCAACUUCCGAAGAAGAGUUCCACCGCGAGCAUCGAAAGCAAUGUCACGAGACGCGUACUCCGGAACCAUCGAUUCCAACGCUUAGCCGUCAACUGAUUCGAGCUUGCGGUUCAUCCAUUCGCCAAACCGGCGACGAUUUGAUGACAAUCCUUCGAGCUAGUAGCAAGGAUGAGAAAAAGCGGGACUUGCACAUUGCUCUGAUCAUUCUGAUUGUCAUAGUAGCAGGACUCAUGGCAUUGGGAAUGAGUGCUGAAAAAGCGGUUCAUCAUCACCAUUGGGAUUAUUUCAAUCCUCCAGGAAACAGUGGGAACACCUGAAUUAGGCUGUUCGUGUCAACGAUUGGAUUCAUAUUUGCGUAUUCAAACAGGAACCGUGCUUAAAAUACGUUUUGCGAAAACUUCUUUCAUCAGAAACAAUUCAAUCGUUUCGUAUUCUUGAUUCAUUGAAGUGGGACGUAAUUAUUGUACGGGUCCUAAUACGAACCUUAGCAAACACCAGCAUCGUUUUUGGUGACAUCAUUAGUUUACGUUGCUUAUUAUCAUCACUAUACGAUCUUUCUAGUUUCAGCAGUUGUUAAUACAUAUCACAAUCGUGUAAUAACAUAGAUCAACUUUAUACCUUAAUUUAUAAAUUUCUUCUACAAUUUGCAUUUGAGCGUUUACUAAACAGUAGAAUCAGAAAUCAUUAUACUGUUAUCAAUUUGUUAUUUUAUUGUCACUUGCGCAAAGAAAUAAGCACGCACACAGUUACUUAACUGCACAAUUUUCUAACAGAGCAUUGCUAGUUUUGUAUGCCAAAAUAAUUUGUAAACAGCUAAUAAAAUCCAAACGUAUUGAUUGCAACAAAUGUACAGUAGAAAAUAGUAUCGAAUAAAAACAUAUUAAUUUAUCGAAUGUCACGAGUUACAGUGCUAGUCAAUGGAUUGUACAUAGGGAACCAAAAGAUCAAGUAAUCCGAUCCUUCAUUGUUAUUUCAUUUGUUUUUUGUCAUUAUCAUAUUUGAAGCGAAGAAAUAAAAGAUUUUUGGCGAAA